AGGAAGUGGGUUUUUUUUUUUUUUGUACAUGUGUCUCCUUGCGUUGUCACCCGCCUCUGCAAGAAGGGUGAGAAAUACCUUAUUGGGGGUCUCAGACUCUACAGCGAGGCUUCUCGAAUGCAAGGUGUCCGGGAUCGAGUUUGUUUAGACCUCGAGACGCACGUCGUCCUAAGGAGAAGGGUGCCGUGUGACCUUAUGGUUCCACCAUGAUAAGAGCAACUCUGACUAAACUCCUCAUCCUCGUGAUCCUCGCCGUCAUCAUCUGCCUGCCAGAAUUCUUCACACUGGACAGAGUGCCAAAGGUGAACUUCCUCUGCGUGCCCUACCGGCCCUGUGAACGAGGGGCUCGGCGGCUGGAGAACGGGGCAAAAUGGAAAAGUGGCGACGCUGAAGUCCGGAGGAAGGACUGUGAGCCUGCGUCGAGUAACACGUGGGAGCGGGACUGCACACAGGAGGAUCCUGAGCCGGACCCCGGGAGGGGCGGCGAAGACCCGGAGAGGAACUGGUUCCUGUGCAAAGCGGAUACGGACAUGGCAGAAUUGCGCAGAAACACGUCACCUUCAGCUGUGGAGACGUACGCCGAGGUGUCGGUGGAGCUUCGCCUCAGAGCCGCAGAGACCCUCAAUCUAACCUUCUACGAAGGCACCGAUCGCGGCUCCCUACACCUCCACCCACCCGGGGAGGAGGAAGAGGAGGAGGAAGAGGAGGGGAGGGACGAGCGAGGGCCGUGGACGGCGUUUUACUGUUGCCUCCCGCUCCCGCCCGCCGCCGCCGAGUCGGCCAAUCCGAGACGCUGUCUCCUUCGGCUCGCCAACAGAACGGCUGCGACGGCAACAGUGCAGGAGAAGCCGGCGUGGAAGGUCACACAGAGAGUCCACAGCGGAUUCAUUUCGUUUCCCUCAGCUCUUCUUCUCUUGACUGCAACCGGAGGUGAGUGGAGCUGGGUGUUCUGGCUGGCUCUGCUGUGCGUGGUCAUUCUGACGAUCGUCACAAUCGUGCUCGGACAAAUCUACUGGAGGAGGCGCUCCUGCAGGCACGCACCCGGCGACUUGAGCCCUCUUGCUUACGCUGUCAAUGGCCGGCAGGUGAACGAUGCUGGGAGGCACAUGGAGAUCAUCGCUCCCAAAGGGAUGAUCUUUCACUCUUACGGAUCCCGACCUCGAGCAGGACUUUCCCCGAUUGAAGAAGUUGCCUCUCAAGAUGACAUAGAAACUCUACUCGAUGGAAAUGAUGACCACUGCUAUACAGCAAAUCUGCAUCAUCGCGCGCAUCCCUUCGCCUCCCCCAUGGAGGAGCAGACCUGCUGACAGAGGGGCACACAAAUGGACCUGAAAGUGCCCCGGAUGGAAAGAAAAAACUCCUGCAUCAGUUAAAACUUCUGAACCUCAGAAGGUUUUCUGCUUAUUUAACUGUCUGAACCUAAAUAAACAACUUUCGUCCCAAACA